UCUAAAGGAGGUUACCAAGGUUAAAUGUCGGAGAGGUAGGAAGAAAACUACUGAAAAUGUUGUAGAAUCUUUUUGCAACUUGGAACAACAAGAUGAUUCUAUUGAUAAAACUGCUGAAACAUCUUACAACAUGGGUAAAAUAAAUGGCUCUGUUAAAAACUGUGAGAAAGAGACAAAUAUUUGAUGAUCUACUUAGAGAAGUUCUUCAGAAUCUGUCAAAAACCUGUGCUACAGUAAAAGUGAAAGAUGAAAUUGUGGAAGAUAAUGAAAGUGAAAACAAGAAACAGGAAAUUGUUGAGGUUGAUAAUUGUGAGGAAAACAAUGAAAACGAAAUUGUUGUUAAAAGAAAGAUUGGGAGACCCAAGAAACGACGGAAACAAGGUGGAAAAUCGUUGGAAAACUGUGGUGGGGAGACCAGUUCUGCAGGAAAUAAGGAAUGCCUCGAAGAUUGCAGUGUUGCCGAUGUCAAUUUAGCUUCUGAAUUGAACAGUGCAGACAAGGUUAAUGAAUACAGUGUUGCCGAUGUUAAUAUGGCUUCCAAAUCUGAAAAUGUUGAGAACUGUAGUGUUGCCGUUGUGAACCAGUUGGAACCGGUUAAAAAGCUGAGGAGACGGUCCAAAACUACAAAACCUCCAUCAAAUUCUGUAGAAGACUUUGAGAAUUGCGGUGUUGCCACUGUUAACAACCGGUUGGAACCGGUUCGGCGAUUGAGAAAACGGUGUAUAACUACUGAAAAUAUGUCAGAUUCUUGUGGAGAAACUUCUGGAACUUUGGGAGAUACUGUUGUAAUGCUGGGGGAUGGACCGAAGACUACAGACGACCCUGAAGUGAGAGCAAGGGAAGCUCUGAUUUUUGGUGGAAGCAAAUCCAAGAUGGCGGCCAAUGAUUCGGAAAUGGCGGCCAGAUAUUGUACGAAUAAUCUGACUGCGGAUGGAUUGAAGAUGAUUAUUAAGAAGGAGUUAAACAAACAAAAUAAGUCUUCUCCUGAAAUCUAUGAAGAAAGCAUCUUCGAGUAUGGAAAUGGUUUUCAUAAAAUUCGCUACAUUAUAAGGCAGGAGAAAGUUGCACCGGAGGAUGAAACACCAUUGGUUGAUGAUUGUGAAAACAAUGACGGAGAUAUUGGAGAUACCAAAGCAACAGAUAAAGAUGAAAAUAUAAACAAUAAUGAACCACUACAGACUAUCAAAGACGAGCCCAUUGAUCAUCAUGAGGAACUACUUUCUCUUGAAAUAGAAGAUCACCAAACCCAGGAAUAUACAGUGGAUAAUACUGAAGUUACGGGAAAAAUAGAGGACAACCUCAUUCUAGACCAGCAACGAGUUUUCAAAUUUAGAAACCGGAGUGGACCCACUAAGAGAAAUUUGAUUGACAAAAGUGUUGACAUCAGCAGUUUCGUCAACCGCUGCAAACAGACAACAGUUGGCAACACUGUUGACAACAAAUGCAUAAUAAAUAGCAACCUAGGCAAGUAUACAAUGGUGAUCAAAUCUGAUAUUUCUGAAAUUAAAGUUGAAGAUGGUUCGGACAAUUUUAGGGGCAAACGUAGAAGGUCUAGGAAAGGUAGGAGAUGUUCUAAAAUAAUUAGGAAACCGUCGAAUAGUGUUAUAGAUGGUACUAAAAUGUGUAAAAAUCUGGUGGUUAGUCUGGUGAAAUUAGAUGUAGAUUCCUUAAGUACUAGUCAAAAUUGUGAAGAUUUGAGGUCUGGGUUUGAAAAUGAUGUUAAAGAGAGUAUAAAUGAUGUCAGGGACGUUAAAAACAGUACAGAUGUUGAUGGAACUGUUGAAAAUUGUGUAAAAUAUACAGAAGUUGUUGGAAACAGUACAUAUAAUACUGGGAGUGUUAAAAACAGUACAUAUGUUGACGGAGGUGUUGGAAACAGUACAGAUAAUAUUGGGAACGAUAAAAACAUUACAGAUGACGGAGGUGUUGGAAACAGUACAGAUAAUGAUGCCGGGAAUGUUAAAGACAGUACAAGAGAUACUGGGAGUGUUAAAAACAGUACAAAUGAAGCAGAAAACGUUAAAGAGAGUACAAAUGGCGAAAACUUGGAAAAUAGUACAGUUGAUGUAGGAGUUAGAGACAGUACAGAUGAUGUAGGAGUUAAAGACAGUACAGGUGAUGCUGGGAGCGUUAAGAGCAGUACAAAUGAAGCAGAAAACGUUGAAUAUAUUAUAAAUGAUAAUGAAAACUUGAAAAAUAGUACAGAUAAUGUAGGAGUUAAAGACAGUACAGGUGAUGCAGGAGUUGAAGACUCUACAAAUAAUGCAGGAGUUAAAGAUAGUACAGAUAAUGCAGGAGUUAAAGACAGUACAGAUGAUGCUUCUAUCGUUAAAAACAGUACAGAUAAUGCUUCUAUCGUUAAAAACAGUACAGAUAAUGCUUCUAUCGUUAAAAACAGUACAGAUAAUGCUUCUAUCGUUAAAAACAGUACAGAUAAUGCUUCUAUCGUUAAAAACAGUACAGUCACAUCUAGUCCAGUAUCAUGCAAGAUUCAGGUCAGAAAUCUAGCAAGUCUACUAGGUCCUAGCACUUGUAAAAACGUAGAAAACUUGCCAAAACUGUCCUCCAAUAAAAACCUUGUUAGAAAUCUUGCCAGUAUUGUUAGUAAACUUGAUUUAAUUGCUAGAAAAAAUGUCGAAAAUGAAGAUUCAAAGGAUGGUGAUGAUUUAAUGGGAAAUAUAAUGAAUUUUAAUUCGAAUAAAGAUGUAGUUUCACACAGUUCUCAUUUUUCAGAUACCACUUAUCAUGGUGACGAUAAAGAUAUUGAUGAAAUUAAUACAAAUUCUAUUCAUAAUAAGAAUUCUACUAGUACAAUAUAUUCAGAUACUAAUGAGAAUCUAGAUGUAAAUGAUGGUGUAAAUUUGAAUAUCAACCAAGGUCUUGCCAAAACUAGAGUAGAUACAAAAUUAAAUGAGGAGGAUACAAAUGUUUGUGAUACAACAGCUCCUGUAUCUAAUAAUAAUGUAUCAAAAGGUGAUACAUUUGAUGAAGUUGGUACAUGUAAUACUGUCAAAAAAGGUAGGAUGUCUUUGAGAAAACGUAGAACCUCUAUAAAUUACAACGAGAAUGUUUUGAAUAUUGUUGGCAACACUGAUGUUGUACCGGAUUUUUUAGUUUCUAGUGGAGUUGAGAAUUUUGAGAACGUUUGCAGUAGUAGUACAUCAUAUGUUAAUUUUGGUUGUGUACCACAAUUAAAUGACGUCAUAAAACGUUCUAGAAAUUCAAGGUUUUCCGCGCCAAAUUCUAGUAAAGACGAUGACAUUGAAUUUGUGCCCACUGUAAAGCUAGAAGCUAAUACUGUGCCGAUUGACCUUGAUGGUGUAUCAAAUUAUGGUGGUACUGUAUCAAGCCAUAUUGAUACUGUAUCAAGAAAGGGUCGUGAUUUCAAUGAUGCUGUAUCAAGAAAAAGGGACAUUGUUCUUGGUACAGUAUCAAACAGCGACGACCAAUUUGAUAUAGUCUCAAGAAAGGGCUGUGAUUUCAAUGAUACUGUAUCAAGAAACAGGGGCAUUGUUCUUGAUACAGUAUCAAACGGUGACGAUCAAUUUGAUACAGUAUCAAGAAUGGGCCGUGAUUUCAAUGAUACUGUAUCAAGAAACAGGGGUAUUGUUCUUGAUACAGUAUCAAACGGUGACGACCAAUUUGAUACUGUAUCAAACUUGGAACCUGUAUUAUCAGAUUAUGAAGAGAAGUAUAGCUCAGUUUUGGAAAACGAAAAUGCCCUAAAAGUAACUGACGACAAGGGAUUCUUGGAGACGGUGCGAUCCUUUUUGGAAAACGAGAAUGUGGAGGAGGAAGAGAAGGGGGUAAAGGUGAGAAAAAAACGUAGGAGACGAUGUGAGAUGCCCCAGAUUCCCUCUGACCUAAAAUGCGAAAUCUGUGGGAAGGUGGUAUCAACUAGACAAAGCUACCGACACCAUAUUAGCACCCACACAGAUCCCAGGAAACAGUUAUUGAAAUGUAGCGUUUGCAACAAGAUGUUGGCGGGCGAAAGGAGGCUGAAAUCACAUAUUACCAACUUCCACACAAAUAUCAACAUAUAUAGCUGUGAUUUUUGUAAGAAAAUCUUCCAUGAUAAGGGGAAUCUGUAUAGACAUAUCGUUCAUGUGCAUCUCAAUAUGGCCCCCAUGUAUACUUGUGAUAUCUGUAAGAAAUCUUUUCAGAAGAAGUCGUACCUUCAACAACAUAUAAACCUGCAUAUGGGGAUCAGGAAACAUGUGUGUAACCUUUGUGGGAAGAAUUAUAUGAACAAGAGUGAUUUACAGAACCAUUUAGACGCACAUGUUGGGUUUGAUAGGUAUGUGUGUGGGUUAUGUGGUAAGCGGUUGUCAUGUAUGCAAACUAUGAACAAUCAUAUGAAGACGCACACACAGGAAAACAUGUUCAAAUGUAAGGUAUGUGGGAAACAGUAUGCUUCCAAGAAUAGUUUGCAGCAACAUAUGAAUCUACACACGGGGAAACGGUUCACUUGUGGCAAAUGUGGGGCGAAAUUUCCGUACAGGGAAGGUUACAAACGGCAUAUGAGGUCACAUGACGGGAAACAGCAAAAAUGUACUGUAUGUCACAAGGUUUUCCAGAGAAAAACUUAUCUAAAGAAGCAUAUGACGAUACAUACCGGGAUGGAACAGUUUAUGUGCGUGUAUUGCGGGAAAAAGUUUAUCGACAAAAGUGAUUAUAAAAAACACAUGAACACUCAUACACAUAACGAAAAAUUUCCCUGUGAGUUUUGUGGGAAAGUUUUCCACAACAAACAGUACUAUGUGAUGCAUAAAAAGAUGCAUACUGGGGACACGGAGCAUGUGUGUAAGUACUGUAAUAAGAAGUUUAUGAAGAGGAAUUUGUUGGAACGGCAUGAGAGUAUUCACGAGGGGACGAAUUUUGUGGCUUGUGAAGUGUGUGGAGCCGUGUUGAGCAGUGUGAACAGCUGUCGGAGGCAUAUGCGGAAUAAGCAUGGGUGGGUGAGGGAAAUUUGUGAGGAGGUUGGUAGUGGGCAGAGUGUUUGAGGGAAAUUUUUGGGGAGUUGGUAGUGUGCAGAGAGUGUAACUAUAGUAGAGAAUUGAAGCCAAUUAUAUGGCUAAUCUAGAAGCGAACCAAGGGAAAUUUGUGAGGAGGUUGGUAGUGGGCAGAGUGUGUGAGGGAAAUUUGUGGGGAGUUGGUAGUGUAUAGAGAGUGUAACUAUAGUAGAGAAUUGAAGCCAAUUAUAUGGCUAAUCUAGAAGCGAACCAAGGGAAAUUUGUGAGAAGGUUGGUAGUGGGCAGAGUGUGUGAGGGAAAUUUGUGGGGAGUUGGUAGUGUAUAGAGAGUGUAACUAUAGUAGAGAAUUGAAGCCAAUUAUAUGGCUAAUCUAGAAGCGAACCAAGGGAAAUUUGUGAGAAGGUUGGUAGUGGGCAGAGUGUUUGAGGGAAAUUUUUGGGGAGUUGGUAGUGUGCAGAGAGUGUAACUAUAGUAGAGAAUUGAAGCCAAUUAUAUGGCUAAUCUAGAAGCGAACCAAGGGAAAUUUGUGAGGAGGUUGGUAGUGGGCAGAGUGUGUGAGGGAAAUUUGUGGGGAGUUGGUAGUGUAUAGAGAGUGUAACUAUAGUAGAGAAUUGAAGCCAAUUAUAUGGCUAAUCUAGAAGCGAACCAAGGGAAAUUUGUGAGAAGGUUGGUAGUGGGCAGAGUGUGUGAGGGAAAUUUGUGGGGAGUUGGUAGUGUAUAGAGAGUGUAACUAUAGUAGAGAAUUGAAGCCAAUUAUAUGGCUAAUCUAGAAGAGAACAAAGGGCCGGUUUUCGAGCUCGGGGUUUAGCUAAGUUCUAGACUUUAAACAGCUGGAGUCAGAAAAUUGCCGUUCCGAAACGGGGCGUAGUAUAGCCACCUC